GCUCAAGCUGCGUCAUCGCCUCGCAGCUGCUCUGUCACUUGCCUGGCCUUGCACCAAGUCAAGCAGCAUCAUGGCGGACUCCGACGCAGACAGCAGUACACGGCCUCGCCAGCCCGUGCGGCGAUCAACGGGCGGCAGCUUGGUCUACAAAGUCUUGUCCGUGCCAGCGCAGUCACCCUUUGAACGUCCGGGGGGUACACCGUCCAUGAGUCCCGCGGCAGACCGACCCAAAGAGGGCUACCCUUUUGAUGUCCCCGUCGAGGCCAAAGAAGCUAUUGCCCGGGCAGAUCCACUCGCACUCACGCCUCUCCGUGCACACUAUCUCAAGCGAGAGCUCGUCACAUUACAAUUCCAGGAAGAGAUCUCACAGGCAGAUCAGCCUGAUAUGCUCGGCCUGCUCGGUCAACCUUUUGAGCCGCCAAAGGGACCGGACAUGGACCCCAAUAUCGAUCUGCCACUCAUCAAAUUCGUCUUUCACCGCUUCGUCCUCUCUUUCCCAUUUCUCGCGAAAGCAAAGCCAGCCUUCUAUAAAGACAAGCUACAACCCUUUGCACAAUCCUUCAUGGCUAGGAACAUAUCAACAUCAUCUGAGCGCGAAGAAGAUACCAAAAGACAAAGAUUGGCGAGCAGAUUCGAGAAACACCUCGGACUGAUCGUCUCGUCUGCCAUCAAGCUGAGCGAUAACGAUGGUCGAGAAGAAGUCGUACGGGUCACGGGCGUGGAAGCGCCAGGCGACAGGCAUGUCGCUUCGCCUGCUGCGAAAUCAGCCGACAAAGGCAAAGACUUUGAGGUCAAUGUUGUCAGUGUACGCUCGAUCGCCGAAAAGGGACGAGUCAGAACCAAAUGGCGCGAAGAGUUUGUCGUUCGCACGCGGAGGAGGGGAAUGCCGGACGUGUACGUCAGUCGGCGGUACGGCGAUUUCGACAAACUGGCGGAGAUGCUGCGGUCUGACUUCCCGGAGCAAGAUGUUCGCGGGCCGCCCGCCAAAGAUCGUCGGUCGACAGGCGUCAAGACAGCUUCGCCUCAGCUCGAUCCCGUCAUCGAUUCACCGUCCAGACAGUCUCUACAGUCCAUCGAAAGUCACGCACCGCUCGAGGAGGCCAAUCCCGAUCUGGCCGAAGCAAUGUCAGACCUGAUUGUGGAGCAAGAGCACGAGUCUGGCGUUCCCGGCAGCUUCUCUACUUCUGCUUCUCCGCCGUCUACACCCGAUGGAGGGCCAAAGCAUACUCAUCACCGAUUGCAUCUCAACGGUGGCAAGAAAGCAGGCAAACAACCUGGGCCCGUGCUUGCACGAGAGAGAAACAGAUUGACUCUACGCGCUUACGUCCACCACUUGCUCGCCAAUCCUUCACUUGCAGCUUCGACCACGCUACAAUCAUUCUUACUCACUGAACCAUUCACACUCACUGCAGAAGAGCUCAAGGAUGUCGAAGCGAGAGAAGAGAUGGAUCGCGUGCGAGAGGAGGAGAUCGCUCGAUUCCGCGCAGAAGUCGAUGCUCGAGUGCAAGAGCUCGAUGCGCAUCUCAAAGACUUUCGGGAGGAGCUCGUCGGGCAGGACGGCUUGUCCAAUGUCUUCUCGACCAUCAAAGCUACUGCCAACGUCGAAGAUCUUCCUGUACGCUAUCAAAAAGUCAUCGAAUGGGCACGCAUAUCGAUGGCAUCGACGAUCUAUCAGCUCUUUGUCGGCUCAGACAACUCCUCAUCAGUUUUCGGACAGCUCAAGCGAAUACACAGCAUUAUGCCCUACUUUGUCCUGCGAGGCAUAUUACGCAUUAGCAAUCCAGUCGCAAUGAUCCGCGCUUUCCUCGAUCUCUUCCUUGCACGGCCCUUUGGCGGUAGCAGUCUGCUCCAGCGCAUGUUCUCGAGCGGCCUCAACGAUGAAGUCAGAGAGCUCAAGCAGGACAUGGACAAGGUCGCCGAGAAAGUUGCUCAGCCGGUCAUGAUACAAAAGCUGAAGAAGUACGUCGAGGCACCCAAGACGACACAGGCGAUGUACCGCGAAGAAGCAUCGAGCGAACGCAAGGAUAUCAUGACUGUCAUCCUUCGGUCUCAAGAGGAGCCUCGACUUGAUUCAGCAGGCAUUGCAAGAUUGCGCGAGGGCAAUGCGGCUUAUCGUCGGUACAAGCGCAAGAGGGAUGCUCUGGCCAAUGUCGAAGACGAUGAAGGGCCAGAUAACGAUGCUGCGUGGCUAUACGAAGAUCUGCACAUCUUCUUGCGCAUGGCGACAAGGCUACGUGAUAAGGAGCAACUCAUCGAGCUCAUCUUCGAAGGCAGCACGUCGGAAUUGCUAAAGGAUAUUGUGACAAUCUUUUACGAGCCUCUUGCAAAGGUAUACAAAGCCGCCAACAUUGCCGACUCGUUCUACGACUGUCAGGUCUUCGUGACCGAUCUGAUCAAGACGGUCGAACACUCCGAGGAGAUCAGCAAUACUGAUCCUCAACGAACGGUCCAGACGUUUGUCGAUCUUGUUGGAAGGCACGAGAAUCGAUUCUAUCACUUUGUACAUCAGGUACAUUCCAAGGGCGACGGACUGUUUGACGAUCUCAUGAAGUGGAUCGAGCUCUUCAUCACCUUUGUGCGCGAUGGCAUGCACCCUCCGCUCUCGCUCGAAUACCUCCUGCCUCAUGCCGGGCCAGAAAGACUGGCAGUCAUGAAAGAAGUCGAUGCAGUGGUCGAGUAUCAUCGAUUAGUCAAAGUCGCCCAUCACGAACGAAUGCAAAGGCGACUCAUGCGAGGCGAGGGUCAAGAACUCGAUCAAGACAGGGCCUUCGUCGAGGGCGUGAUGAACAGUCUGCAACUAUCGGGAGUGGCACAGGAUGUGAGCGAUGCCCAAGACGCAGCGAGCGAGGACGAGCAUGGCGAUUCUUCUAGCGAUGACGAUUCUGACGAUGAAGAUUUCUUCGAUGCUCAUGAUCGGCCUGGCGGCAGUACAGCCUCGAACACACUGCGUCCGAAAGUACGCAAGACGAAGCGGAAGAAGGACAGAGCCGUCAUCGAACCACCUGAGCUAGCUCAUAUACCCCAGCUCGUGCCGCUCUUUAUCGAGCUCAUACGACCCAAUCUGACCGUUGCAUGA